CAUGUCUACGUCUGCUCAUUCGAUCUUUCGCCUACCGAGGGGCCGACUGCUAGCAGCUUUGCCCCCUACUCGAUCUACCAAGUUUAGAGCAACAUACCAUGAGCAAUACAACGUGACCUGUCCUUCACUGCAUCGGAGACAUGGCUUGCCCGACAGGCGGUACUUACAUCAUAUCGCUAUACGCUACUCAACCGAUGACAAAGAAGCACUUAAGGACCGCCCUGAGUCGGCUCUGACGCUCGAGAACGAGCUGCGCAAGUCCCGACAGCGAGAUGCUGAUGAAUUUAUAUUCGAGCAUUUCCCUGCACCACCCGGCCAUGCAUUCGUCUCCACUGGGAAUCAAUACAUGAUCAGAAAAUGCGCAGAGCUGGCGCCCAAGGUAUUUCACGUCUAUUCAUUGUACAGGUGGCCUACAUUUGCAAAGCGAGUGGGUUUGUAUGUCCCCACAGAGUACAAAGAACUAGUCCAAGUUAUGUAUGAUGAAAAAAGACAUCAGCUUGAACAAAUCUUGACAUUCCAAACGAACAAAAGAUAUCCGGGAAUGUCCGCUGAAGAGAGAUCCAAAUUCAUCGACCACGUAGUGUCUGAAACCAUUGAGCAGGUAAGCCCUCGCGGCUUUGCUCGUCUUUCCCCCGCAAAGGCAUUAGAUUAUAUCCUCGAAAAAUUCACGCCCUACCCAUCUCUUCUCGCCAAGGGGGAAAAGGGAAAUGGAAAAGCGAUAGAGCGGACGCUGAACGACGCUGAAAAGAUCUUAGCCAGAUGGUGCCUGACCCGGGAACAGAGGGAGAAGCGAAAUUUUUGGGCCAGACACAAAAAAGAACAGCAGUGA